UUGUAAUCUAAGAUUGUUGUGUUUACGUGUUCAUGAUACAAUUAAAAAAGUGAAAUAUUUAAUAACAUUACGAAUUACGGUUAUUUUAUUGUUGAUAUAUUACUUUCAAAAAAAAUCAUAAAAAAUGUUGAAUCAUAUUUAAAUUAAUAUGCUUCAAAACAAUACGCAUCAGGCUAAAAUUCUCUUUCAGAAACACUGGGAAUUUUAGAAAGUUUUUUUCUUGAAAUACAUUUGAUAUUUUAUAAAAUCCUGUUUAUUUGUUGUUGACAACACAAUUUGGGAAUAGAAAUGAAAUAAUAUACCGUUAUAAAUAGGAAAAAAGAUUUUAAAAAUUUUUACUUCCGAACAAUAAAGUUAUGGAAUAUAAUAAUAUUGCAGGUGAGCAAUUAGCACAAGUUGAACCUGAUAGAGUGCCAACAAUUGGAAACGAAGUGGAAAUCGACUUAGUAGUACCAUGGCCUCAACCAGCUGCUCCUAUAAACGAAGAAGUUGAGGAAUUAGUUGAAGCAAGUUGGAAUGCAGUAAGCGAUGCAGUUAAUGAUGCUGUGAACGAUGCAGAGAGAGUACUAAGAAGAGUUGAUAAUUACGAGGUUGGUCAAGAGUGGGAAGGACAAAGAAUGAAUUCAGAAGGUGACAUUGCCCCACCUUUAAAUUGGAAUAUAAGAGAGGAGAAUAACAUUGUUAAUAAUGUACCAGAAAAUAUUGAACAAAAUGUUGAGGUUAGAGAUAUUAAUGAAGAUCAAAUACCUGUUGUGAUUGUUAAUGAUGAUUCUACAGAUUUUAAUGAACAUGUUGAUGACCCUGAUCAAGAAGAAAUUGAAAUGGCUAAGAAAAAAUUGAAACUGGAUAUAAAGAGUGAAGAGAAACAAGUCGAUGAUGAAGAAGAAGAUCCAGAUCUCGGUAGAUUGUGCCCUAUAUGUAUGGACUAUUGGAAUAAUUCUGGUGAACAUCGACUUUGUUCACUUCGAUGUGGUCAUUUAUUUGGUCACAGUUGUGUCCUUAGAUGGUUACAAAACUGUACUAGUAGUAAUAGACGAUGCCCGCAAUGCAAUAAAAAAGCAGCAGUUAAAGAUAUACGAGUUAUAUAUGCUACGAAUAUUCAAGUUGUCGAUACUGUAGAAUUGGAAAUGUUAAAAAAACAAAUAUUAGAAGUAACCGCUGAAAAAAAUAGAAUUGAAAUGGAAUUAUCAAAAAGUCAAUUACGACAAAGGAUGCUUGAAGAUCAAAUAACAAAUUUGUCAAAAACAAUUCAUGAUUUAGAAAGACAAAAAACUGAUAUGACUGUAAAAAUAAAUGAAUCUAUACGUUCAGUGGUAAGAAAGUUCCAUUUAGACCAUACGUUAGAUAUUUGUAAAGAAGGUGGAUGUAGAGUUCUUGAUUAUAAUAAAUGGUCUGGACACCUUGCAGUAUCUCAAAAAUCUGCAAAUAAUUUAUUUCCUGGUUAUGGAGUUAAAAAAAUAAGCACAGAUAUAUUUCAACCUAUGCAGUUUGUUUUAUUACAUAAUCAAGCUAUUAGAGAUAUUGCUUUUCAUCCGGUUCAACAAUCAUUAUUACUUACAGUCAGUUUUGAUAAAACUGCCAAACUUAUGGACAUUCAAAACAAUGUUGUCGUUCAUGGAUAUCCUGUCGAUGGUCAAAUAUGGAGUUGUUGUUGGUCAGGUGAUAAUUCAAAUAUUUUUCAUGCUGGAACACAAAAUGGAUCAAUAGUUCAAUUUGAUAUUAGACAAACUUCUGGAGCUGUUGAUACCAUUGAAAGUCCUGGAGAUAGAUCACCAGUGGUAUCAUUGGCAUCAGUUCCAUCAAAUUCAUCAGCAGGAAUUAUUAGAGGAGGUUUCCUUGCUACACAUUUAAAUACUUGUUAUGCUUAUGAACAAAGCAAUUCAACGUAUACAGCAAAACAAAUGUUCCUUGAAGGACCAUUUAUAUCAAUCAGGUAUGAUGAAAAAAAUCAUCAUGCUUUAGUAUCAUCAAGACCUAAUAACAGACAACCACAAGCACGUCAUGUUGUCUUAUCUGUUGAGAAAGGUAACGGGGAUGCUGUUCUUUGCAAUAUUGUUCACACUUUUGCUGCUGGAAAUUCACAAAAAUUAUUAUCCCGCCCUUGUUAUGUUCAUGUUGAUGAUGACACAUUAAUUGCUGCUCAUCAAGAAUCAACGAAAACAAUUCCUAUAUGGAGUAUUGCUGCUGGAAAACAAAUUUUUAGCCUUACAGCUUCUGAUCCUGUUCUCAAUAUGGUUUCAUUUUCUAACAAUAGCAAUGUUUUUUUGGCAACUUUAUCUGCAAAAAAACUGCGAAUUUACAAUUAUCAACACAUCUCUUAAAAUUCAUGAUCAAUACAAUGUAACAAUAACGUUUGAAUUCGUUUCAAUAAGUGAACUUCAUUGUACAAAGAUGUGAUCAUAACUUGGAACUGAUGUACAAAAUAUAAUUUCUAAAAGAAUGAAA